UCACACAGUUGACAUAUGUCGUUGGCGGGGAGAGGUUAUAAACGCUUAUAAACAGUGUGCAGAACAGAGUUAGAUAAAACAUUUCAAGGAAAGAAUUGAGUUAAGUGUGACGUGUAUUGUUUACGUGAAAAAAUUAAAAAAAAUUUUUUUUUGUGAUUUCCCUAUUGAUAAUUUUAAGUGUUACAAUCACUCCGAAGAUAAUUUUCCAACAAAUUUUUUUUUUUUUUGGAGUAGUCCGUUUCCCUUUGUUUUUUUUAAAAAAAGGAUGCCUUGCGCACAGGAUCAAGCAGUGGCCGGGUGCAUUUUGCGACGAACUCAUUCAUCUCCUGAUAUCGUUUACACAAUGUGAUUAUUAAAAAAAUUCUCCGAUAAAGGAAAAUAAAUUUCCUUAAGAGAAAUUGUACAUAAAAAAUUUUUUAAAAAAAGUGAUAAAUUAUAUAUAUAUUUUUUUUUAAAUUGAAAUAACCAAUUGCAGUGUUAGAUGCACAGGAUAAAUGAAUAAAUAUAAUAAAAAAAUCAAUAAAAGUUAAAUGAAAUAAUGCAAAAAGAAAUUUUAAGUUAGUGUUUAAAAAUUUAUAAAUUCAAGUGUUGAGAAGAGGAUAAAAAAAAGAAGAUGAAAUAAAAGCCAGGAAUUACAUCCGUCCAAUUGUUUACUUUUAAUAGUAAAAAUGAUCCUAACUCGACAAUACAAAUCAACAGACUCAAAUAAUUCAACAAUUACGAUAGACCCACAAUUAUUGAUCGAUCGAGGAAAAUUUUAUUGAAAGACAAUUUGUCUUCUCAUUCAAUUGUAGUUGUAAUUAAAUAUCGGAGAUUCAAUUUUUUUAAUAUAUAUAUAUAAUAAAGAAAAUAGAAAAUUUAUUCAAUAAUAAUGGAAGAAGAAAAUCAAGUGCGUAUCACAUCAUUUCUUGAAGAGACAUUUUAUAUAACAUCGAAAAAAAAUACAAUUUAUCGUGUUAAAUUAACAGAAAAAGGUUUGAGUUUACAAAAAGAAAGUAAUGGCUCAACAAAAAUUGAAUUAAUACCAUUGUGUGAUAUUAUUGGAUGUCGAUGUAUGAGAUCAAAGAAACAAAAUGCUGGAAGCUGUGCCUGUCGACCUGGAGCAUCAAAAAGUCAAUUGAGACUCGUUGAAUCAACGGAAGUGACACAACCCUUCGAUGAAUAUGAUACUUCCGCUUAUUUAUAUAUUUAUGCGUAUACAAUUAAAAAGGCAAGAGUUAAAAAUGCCCGAAGACGUGAAAGAACGACAAUAACAUUACGUUUUCGAAGUUUUGACAGAUACGAGGAUAAUCUUAGAGAAGCAAGCCGAUGGAGAUUGGCAAUAAAGUGCCUCAUUUCAAAAAUUCCAGUACCAAAAACACUUAUGAGUCCAAGUCAUGGGAAUUUAGAAUCAAUUGUCAAUGCGUGUCCAGGUGAACAGAGAAAAUUGCUAGUCCUAUUGAAUCCAAAAUCUGGACCAGGAAGAGGGAGAGAAAUAUUUCAAAGAAGAAUCCAUCCAAUUCUUUCGGAAGCUGAGAAACCUUAUGAGGUGCACAUUACAAAAUAUUCAAAUUAUGCGACAGACUUUGUUCGUACCAAGGACAUAUUUCAAUGGAGUUGCCUGUUGAUGGUUGGCGGUGAUGGUAUAAUAUUUGAAGUAAUUAAUGGCUUAUUACAAAGGCCAGAUUGGGAGAAAGCAUUAAAGGAAUUACCGCUUGGCAUUAUUCCAUGUGGUUCUGGUAAUGGUUUAGCCAAAUCUAUCGCUCAUUCUAGACAAGAACCGUACAAUAGCAAUCCAAUGCUUAUUAGCGCAUUGUCAGUUGUUAAAUGCAAACAAACACCAAUGGAUUUGGUUCGUGUUGAAACGAAAAAUCAUAUUUUAUAUUCAUUUUUGUCAGUUGGUUGGGGUUUUUUGGCCGAUAUUGAUAUCGAAAGUGAACAUCUUCGCGCAAUUGGCGGUCAACGAUUUACAGUUUGGAGUAUCGCACGACUCAUUGGACUUCGCACUUAUAAGGGCAUUGUCUCCUAUUUACCGUACAAUAAAGUUCCAAUUGUGGAAAAUUUAAAUAAUGGCAAUAUCUAUUGUAAGGAACAAAAUAACGACAUUAAGAUACCACAUUCAAAGAGUUUUGGCGACGAAUUAGAUCGAUUUGGAGGGAUUCGUGAAUCGAAAAGUUAUCAUGACACAUUGGAUGGAGGUACAAAUGGAUUAAAUCACGUUUUAAAUAAUUGCAAUGAAAGUGAAGUACUAUCUGAUACCAUUGAGUUGGAAACUGAAACUCAAACACAAACCAGACACCGAUUAGAUAGUUUUUAUUCAGCGACUUCUGUUAAGUCAACGUAUUUCAGUACCGGAUCUAUUUCCAGUUAUCACAGUAUGGACGAUCUUGAAAUUCUUGGGAAAGAAGGGGAGAAUAUAAAUGAAAAUGUCACUUACGGUCCAGCAUCCUCGUUACCAGCUCUUACUGCUCCGGUUCCUAAUAAUUGGACCCAAAUUAACGGAGAAUUUGUGAUGGUUCAUGCUGCCUAUCAGUCACACUUGGGACAAGAUUGUAUUUUUGCACCGCACGCGCGACUCGCUGAUGGAAUUAUUUGGCUUCUCAUUAUAAAAGCUGGUAUUUCCAGAUCACAAUUAUUUCAGUUCCUAUUGGGUAUGAGUACUGGCACACAUUUAACUGUUCCUGGAGUCGAAAUGAUUCCUGUGAAAGCAUUUCGAAUAGAACCAGCUGAGGGUGUUAAUGGCUACUUGACAGUGGAUGGUGAAAAUGUUGAUUAUGGACCCAUUCAAGCUGAAAUAUUUCCCUCUUUAGCAAAUGUUAUGUGUCCUUGACAAACGUUUUGAAAAAACAAAAUUUUAUAUAUAAUAUAAAAUUUAAAAAAAAAAACCACUGUUUCUUUGAAAAAGAAACGAUUCUAUUGUCCUAAUUAUAUAAUAAGGAAUUCUCGAUUAAAUCGACUUGAAAAAAAAAAAAAAAAAAAAAAAAUCCCCAUUAGAAUCAAUUUGUAGAAAAAGACUUACUCAUAAAUAAUGAAGCUCAAGUUUGCAAUGUUUAAAAAGCAAAAAUAAAAAUUUAGGUAUCUAGUUAUUAAAA